UUAAAGAACUCAGUGUACCACAUUUUAUUCAAAUUUAACUCGGAAAAGGCAUAUUUUAGCCCAUACCUCCACCGGACCCAAAUGGUCAGUAAGCUGAUCGAAAGCUUUAUGGAAGAUAUUAUGGGAUGUAAAGUUUUGCUAAUAAAAGUCAUGCAUCAGGCCGCUCACCCAUUCUAGUGGUUUGCUUCGGUCGUUUUCACUUAAGUUGAGGUUAUCUGCUCGGGUCGGGCCUGUUAAUUCAAUCUUUCUGGCAAGUUUCUGAAUUCGAAAGAAGAAUGUUGAGAUCGCUAGCUGCUGUUGUCUUGAUGCUGGGAGUCUUGGGCUUCCAGAUGACCACCGCCUGGAAUGAGGAUGAAUUGGGCCAGCUGCUGAAGCGUGUUCUAAAGGAGGAAGUUGAAGAAACCAAGAAAUCGAUAGACUCCUCAAACCUCCCGAUUGUAGGCAAGAUCACCUGGCAGAGUUCAACAUUGAGCCCAUACUCGUCAGACAAAGCAGUUGACGGCAGCUCGUCCUCCAAUUUGUAUUCCUCGGAGCACUGCUCGCAUACCAUUGCUGCCGCCAGGGAUCCGUGGUGGAUGGUUGACCUCGGGAGCAACCACUGUAUCAGCAAAGUCCGCAUUCUGAACCGUGGUGACUGCUGCAGCAAGCGCUUAAAGGACGCUGUUGUCCGCGUUGGUCCCAAUGUCGCCGCCACAGAGAACUGGGCCUGUGGCUCGCCGGUAACCGCUGCACAAGCUGCGCCAUGGGGCGAUACCAUCGAGUUUAUCUGCUAUCCCACCUUGAAAGGACGCUACGUCAGCGUUGAUAUCCCUGGGUCAGCCACCCUGCAUCUUUGUGAGGUUGCAUUGGAAGAGGUUCCCCUGGGUCACUGUCCCGAUUCCCAGCCGUUCAGCGUCUUUGGCAAACCAGCAGAGCAGAGCACAACGCACGCAGCAGGUUAUGCCGCAAGCUUUGCAGUGGACGGGAGUUCAUCCGCAAUCAUGUACCCCGACAGGCACUGCUCGAGCACUGUGACCAACUCGAACCAUCCUUGGUGGAAAGUUGAUCUUGGUGGAGAGCAGUGCGUUACCAAGGUAACCAUCCUGAACCGUGGUGACUGUUGCAGUGAACGUCUGCAAAAUGCCAUUGUUCGCGCUGGGACAUACAAGACUGUCGCCGCGAACCAGGCAUGCGGGGCGCCGAUCACUGCUCGUCAAGCCCAGCCGUUGGGCGGGACCAUCGAGAUUAAAUGUGAUCGACCGUUGAGGGCGCGCUACGUGAGCGUCGACAUCCCAGGAACCGCUACACUGCAACUCUGUGAGGUGUCAGUGGAAGUGCUGUCAAGCCCAGACUGCUAGUGUAUUCCUUAUUGAAACGGUCCUAUAACACAAUUAUGGACCUGAUAACAGUGUUGUAGUUGAGUACUUUCCGAGUUCUAACGUUCUCCGCAAAAUACUAAACUGUGUAA